UGCCGCAAGCAGCGUCUGAUUUUGCCUUACUCCUUAGAGUCAUCUUUCAACGCUUUCUCUGCUUCCUUGUCGCAGCCACCCCCACGCAUAAACCACAGUACCAAGCCGGCAUCGUCACGUUCAAGCGCGUUUUCAAAUUACAUCGCAGCCCGAAACAAACCCUCCUCUAGCAACACCCGAAACGCAAGUGCAGGGCCAUCCAAGGCGCCUUAUGCUGUCUCUCAGCCUGUUGCGAGCUCAAGCACCAAGGCACGAUCCCGGCAUGAACCCAUUCAAGUGGCGCGUAAAUCGACCGGAGGUGCAAAGCGUUCAAUGGCAAAGACGCGACCUGUCAAGCGUACUCGUGAGGAGAGGGAACGGCAGAGCAUAGUAUCAUCUUCAUCUUCAUCCUCCUCAUCCCCUUCACUACCUGUACCUGGAUCUUCACAAUUUGCCCGGAAGAAGCAGCCUCCGCCAGCUGAAGUGGAAAUUAUUACUAUAUCUGACGAUGACAACGAUGAACCAGUCACCAAGCCAAAAUCCGCACCGAAGCCAAAGAUCAAGGCCAGGAAAGUGUCACCCGCGAAUUCUAUCGUCGAAAUCUCAAGUGACUCAGACCAAGAUCGGCGGCGCUCAAAGGUUCAACCAAAGCCCAAAGAUCGGCAAAAGUCCCCAGUUGAAAUCAUUGAUGUUGACGCAUUGGACGACGUUGAAACCAAUCCACCCCUUCCCCCGCACACAGAUGAAUCGGACGGAAACUCCAAUCGGGGCGGUAUCCCUGAUGACCCGAUUAUUUUGGAUGAGCCUCUGUUCCUGGACGACCCUGACGAACCCUUAUUCGACGAACCUCCGAUCCCUGAGCCUUCGUCGAGCCAGCCGGCCAUAUCUCAAGACUUCGGAAAGAAGCAUGAUGAAAUGGGCCUGCAAGCAAACUCAAUUGCGACUCCACUACGAGAGCAACCGUAUCCCGGUACUCUGUCGGAGUUGAAGCUAACGGUCUCUGCUACCUCAGUCGCUGUACCACCGCCCCCACCGCUUCCAAAGAAAGCCCGGCCUAACUACCCAUCUACUUCUCUUUCACGAAUCCCCCGUGCUCAGACUCCAGAGAGAAGCAUUCCCAUUGCUGUGAAAGGAUCUCCUACCACUCCAAGCCUUCCGAGGAAACAUCGUCCCCGUACGCCUGAUCAAUCUGCUCCUCUCUCAGCCAAAGCAUCACCGAGUUCUCGCAAGAGUUCACAGUUGCUCUUUGAGGGCCAUUCUAAUUCCAGGGUAGCAGGUAGCAGUGCUGAAGAGCCACAAUGCUCUCCCGUCUUAUCUUCACCAAACAAAGGAAUGCAGUCCCUAGCCGAUGCAAUUGUCCAAGCUCAUGUCAACAACAAUGUACGAUCACCCCUCAAGCCGAUACCUUUGCCUCGCAAGACCAAGAGCAUAGCUGGCAAGGCUCGUGCUACUGAUCACCCGUCGGCCAGAGCAGAAGGCGGAAGACUCAUGAAUGCCUUGAAAUUGUUGCAGGACCAGUCUGGCUCUCAAAAUCCUUCGCCGCGCAAGUCCCCCAUGCGGAUCGUUGAUGAGACGGCUGAUCCCCAAAUUUCUGCGUUUACGUCUAAGGGAUAUUCAGUCCGAAGCUUCGACAUCGUCGACUCGUAUGGUGAAUGCUAUGGAAGUGGACAGUUCUUUGGAUGAUGCCACUCAGUCUAUGCUUGAGUCCGACACGCAGGGUCUAUCCCAGUUGACUCUCGCAACUCCGGAAGCAAGUACGCCAGC